AUGGGGAGGCCAAAUCAGCCCCAAACCUCUUCCCCCCAGCCCAGGUCGGGACUCCCCCCCCCCUCCAAACCAGGCUAUGCCCCCACAGGGGAGCCCCAGCCCGGCUAUGCCUCACAGGCAGAGCCUAACCAGGGUGAUUCAGUGCCAAAGCCGAAACAGAAGAAACUGAGCCCGCCCCCGGGAAGGGCCGCCAAUGCACAGAAAAAGCCCGGCCCAGAAAAAACCAAAACGAAAAAUCAAACUACCAAAGGGUCUCCACCCCCCGUUGGAAACCAGGGAUAG